AAAAAAAAAAAAGCCAUUUUCUGGGCCAGCCAUUUCCUGAGUUCCCUUUGUUACUACUGCAGAUAUGUUUGAAUAAGAGCCUUUUCCCCUCCCCUCUCCUCAUCCUCCCCGUUCUGCCCUGCAGUGAAGUCACAAUCCGGUGUUUGUGGGCUCGCUGUGAUGUCACAGCCUCAGCCUUGUGACUUCACUCUGCUCAGGCAGAAGGUGCAGACGGGGCUGAGAGAGGAGAAAAAAGCCCCCUCCUCUUCCCUCCCCCCCUCCACCCUCUCGGUUUAUAAAACCAGUAGCUGAGAUAAAUCGGAAGGGGGUGGGGAGAAGCAGCAGGGAAAGCUGAGAAAGAUGCCAGAAAGUCUCGGUGAAGGGAACUGCUAAGGAAACCCCCUACUUACCACCUAAGGCUAGUUGCUGACUUACUGUUUCUGGAGAUGAGAUAAUGCUGGCUGAUUACAAACAGGGUGACUACCCUUUCUCAUCAGUGCAAGGAGAAAGCUGGCACCUCGGUCUGCAGCCUGAAGGAUGAAUCACACUGCAGGAGUGGGAAGCACUGCUGGUUUCAGAGAAGAGAAGUCAUCCCAAGGCUCACCCCCGCCUUCCCCUGUGUGGCCGCAGUGGGGGACUCCCGAGCCGCAGGCUGCUUCCACGGAGGGCUUUCGAGCUGUUGCUCUGCUGCUGAACAGCAUGCAGUCCUUUCGGGAGCAAAGUAGUUACCACGGAAACCAGCAGAGCUACCCGCAGGAAGUGCACGGAUCGUCCCGCCUGGAGGAGUUCAGCCCGCGCCAGCAGGCCCAGAUGUUCCAGAGCUUCGGAGGAGGUACUGGCAGUGGACGUCGCGGAGCAGCAGGAGCCUCUACAGCGAUGCCUGGUGAGAGCUCUGGCCAUCAGAGCUACCAAGGUUUCAGAAAAGAAGCAGGAGAGUUUUACUAUAUGGCUACCAACAAAGAUCCAGUGGCGUCAGGAGGGCAGCAGCCGCCUCAGCGCAGGCCUUCUGGACCGGUACAGAGCUAUGGGCCCCCUCAAGGGAGUAGCUUUGGGAGUCAGUAUGGGAGUGAGGGACACGUGGGCCAAUUUCAAACACAGCAUUCGACCCUUGGGGGAGUAUCCCACUAUCAGCAGGAUUACACUGGUCCUUUCUCUCCAGGGAGUGCUCAGUAUCAGCAGCAGGCUUCUAGCCAGCAGCAGCAGGUACAACAGCUGAGACAGCAGAUCUAUCAGUCUCAUCAGCCUUUACCCCAGGCUUCCAGCCAGUCUGCUUCUAGCACCUCGCACUUGCAGCCAAUGCAGCGUCCAUCCACCCUGCCUUCCUCUGCUUCUGGGUACCAGUUACGAGUGGGUCAGUACAGCCAACACUAUCAGCCACCUUCGUCGUCCUCGUCCUCCUCUUUCCCCUCCCCACAGCGUUUUGGCCAGUCAGGACAGAAUUAUGAUGGAAGCUACAGCGUGAAUUCUGGGUCACAGUAUGAAGGCCAUGCCGUGGGUUCCAAUACACAGGCAUAUGGGUCCCAGUCAAACUACAGCUUUCAGACUCAACCGAUGAAAAGCUUUGAGCAGUCUAAGCUGCCUCAAAGUGGGCAGCAGGGGCAGCAGCAGCAGCACCCACCUCAGCAUGUAAUGCAGUAUUCAAAUGCUGCCUCCAAGCUCUCUCUUCAAAGUCAAGUGGGACAGUACAGCCAGACUGAAGUUCCUGUAAGGUCACCGAUGCAGUUUCACCAAAACUUCAGUCCAAUCUCUAAUCCAUCUCCUGCUGCAUCUGUGGUUCAGUCUCCAAGCUGCAGCUCCACCCCUUCUCCUCUCAUGCCAGGUGGAGAAAAUCUCCAGUGUGGGCAAGGCAACAUGUCCAUGGGUUCUAGAAACCGAAUCCUGCAGAUGAUGCCUCAGCUUAGUCCUACACCAUCUAUGAUGCCAAGUCCCAAUGCUCAUGCAGGGGGAUUCAAGGGGUUUGGGUUGGAAGGACUGCAGGAAAAAAGGCUCACAGAUCCAGGGCUGAGUAGCCUGAGUGCCCUAAGUUCUCAAGUGGCCAAUCUGCCCAACACAGUCCAGCACAUGUUGCUUUCUGAUGCCUUGGCACCUCAGAAAAAAAGUUCCAAAAGGUCAUCCUCUUCAAAGAAGGCUGACAGCUGCACAAACUCAGAAGGCUCUUCCCAGGCAGAGGAGCAGCUCAAGUCCCCCCUGGCAGAGUCCCUCGAUGGUGGCUGUUCCAGUAGUUCAGAGGAUCAUGGGGAAAGGGUGAGACAGCUGAGUGGCCAGAGUACAAGCUCAGACACUACCUAUAAGGGGGGUAACUUAGAAAGAUCCAACUCGUCACCAGCACAAGGCUCUCAGAGUGAGCCCUCAAAACUCAGCACCAGCCCUGCAGCUAGGGAAGAUGUUGCCUCCCCUGAUGGGAAGGAAGCUGUGGUGGCAGUAGAAAAUACCCCAAAAGUGAAUGAAAAGGCAGUUGGAGUGAUUGUCUCCCGGGAGGCUAUGGCAGGUAGAGUAGAAAAGUCAGGUGGACAAGAGAAACCUGCACAAGAUGAUGUUUCCACAGCUACUCAGACACCAGUUAGUGCUAGUGGAACAAAGGAAGCUGGGCAUGCAGGGCCACAGCCAGAAGCUCAAGGAGGUACUAAGGGGAGCAAAAGUGGAGAUAACACUAACCAUAAUGGAGAGGGGAACAGCCAGCCCAGCCAUGCAGUUGUUGGGUCAAAUUUUCCUGUGAGAACAGAACCUUCCAAAUCUCCUGGCAGUUUAAGAUACAGUUACAAAGAUAAUAUAGCAGCUGGCAUACAGAGAAAUAUUGGUGGUUUUCCACAGUAUCCUUCCGGUCAAGAAAAAGGAGAUUUCCCAGGACACAGUGAGCGCAAAGGCAGGAAUGAGAAGUUUCCUAGCCUUCUGCAGGAGGUCUUACAGGGUUACCACCAUCAUCCAGACAGGAGGUAUUCUAGGAAUGCACAGGAACAUUCUGGGAUGGCUGGGAGUUUGGAGGGAGCCAUGAGGCCCAAUAUCUUAAUUAGUCAAGCCAAUGAAUUGACGAAUAGAGGCCUCUUAAAUAAAAGUAUGGGGUCUCUCUUGGAAGGCCCUCACUGGGGUCCCUGGGAUAGGAAGUCUAGCAGCGCAGCCCCUGACAUGAAGCAGAUAAAUUUAGCUGAUUACCCUAUUGCUAGAAAGUUUGAGAUGGAGUCUCAGUCGUCUUCUCAUGAAGGGGGAGCACUCUCGGAGAGGAGAUCAGUGAUCUGUGACAUAUCUCCAUUAAGGCAGCUUGUCAGAGAUCCUGGUCCUCACCCAAUGGGGCACAUGGGUCCCGAGGGCAGAAGUGGAAGGAGUGAACGUCUUGCCCCUGGCUUAAGCCAGUCAGUAAUACUCCCUGGUGGUUUAGUAUCCAUGGAAACAAAGAUGAAAGCUCACAGUGGGCAAAUAAAAGAAGAAGAGUUUGAACAGUCAAAGAGCUCAGUUAGUCUUAAUAAUAAAAAGACAGGAGACCAUUGUCAUUCUGCUGGCAUCAAGCAUGAGUCUUUCCGAGGCAAUGCUAGCCCUGGAGCUGCCGUCUCCGAUUCUGCUCCAGACUACAUUCCCCAGCAGGAGAGCAGAUCAACACAGCUGAGACGAGCACCUGGCAGAACUGGAAGCAGCAGGGGUAAAUCACCUUCUCAAUUUCAGGAUCUUGCUGAUAAGCUGAAAAUGUCACCGGGCAGAAGCAGAGGCCCAGGAGCAGAUCUGCAUCACAUGAACCCACAUAUGACGCUAUCUGAAAGAGUUAACAGGGGUUCCUUGCAUUCUGGCUACCCUCAGAACUCAGAAGGCUCAUCUUUGGCUGCAGCAUAUCAUGCAAAUGCUAGGCCUCAUCCUUUUGGUGACCCCAACCAGAGUUUAAAUUCCCAGUAUCAUUACAAGAGACAGCUAUACCAGCAACAGCAAGAAGAAUACAAAGAUUGGGCAAGCAGCGCUGCUCAGGGUGUGAUUGCUGCAGCUCAGCACAGACAGGAAGGAGCCAGGAAGAGCCCGAGACAACAGCAGUUUUUGGACAGAGUAAGGAGUCCUUUGAAAAAUGACAAGGAUGGAAUGAUGUACCUUCAGGGUAGCUCUUACCACGAUACUGGAAGCCAGGAUCCUGGGCGCUGCAUUAUGGGAAGCGACAGCGCACAAGGCAAGUGCACCGACCUAAAACAUGGUAACCAGAAGCUGCAGCCGCAUGAAUCUGGUUGGGACCUCUCUCGGCAGACUACGCCUGCCAAAGGCAGUGGCCCUCUUGGAGCAGCCAACCAAAAAAGAUUUUGCCCCCAAGAAAGCGAUGGGCACAGACGAGAGGAAUCUACGGAUUUGCCCAAGCCUAGCAAUGCCAUGCUCAGGCUCCCUGGCCAUGAAGACCAGUCUCCUCAAAAUCCCUUAAUUAUGAGGAGGAGAGUCCGUUCUUUCAUCUCUCCUAUCCCUACCAAAAGACAGCCACAGGAUAUGAAGAACAGUGGCAGUGAAGAUAAAGGGCGAAUGAUGACGUCAGCAAAAGAAGGAGCUGAUAAAGCAUACAACUCCUAUGCCCAUUCAUCUCAAAGCCAAGAUGUUGGCAAACCAGUUGCAAAGGGCGAUUCCUUCAAGGAUCUGCCAAGUCCUGAUGGUAGGAAUUGUCCUGCUGUUUCCCUCACAAGCCCGGCUAAGACCAAAAUAUUGCCCCCAAGAAAGGGACGAGGAUUAAAACUGGAAGCAAUUGUUCAAAAAAUUACAUCUCCCAAUAUUCGGAGAAGCGUUUCCACAAACAGUGCUGAAACUGGUGCAGAUGCUGUCACUCUUGAUGACAUCCUGUCCCUUAAGAGCGGACCUGAGGGAGGAAGUGUGUCUGCACAUGGGCUGGAGGCUGAGAAGAGAAAAGGAGAGAUGUUGUCAGAUCAAGCAGGGUCAGCAAGCCAGGACACAGCUAGUGAAAUAACUCUUGCACGAUCCUCAGAAGAAUGGCAAGGCAAUGAGGAUGAUAAAACCAAGAAAGACACCCCUGAAACUGCCAACGUUAGUAAAGAAGGAACAGGAUCCAGUGCAGCACCACCUCCUCCAAAGUCAGGUGGUCAGGGGAGGUCUGAUGGAUCCGUAAGCGGAACUGGAACUCUGGCCUUUCCAGACUCAAAAACGAUUUCCCCCUCCAGUGUGUUUACUUCUGAACCAAACCCAAAGCCUGAGGAAAAAGAUGGAGAUGUGACAAACAUUUCACCCAAGCCAGAUGGCUUCCCUCCAAAGGGAUAUUUUCCUUCUGGAAAGAAAAAGGGGAGACCAAUUGGAAGUGUGAACAAGCAAAAGAAGCAACAGCAGCAGCAGCAGCAACUGCCACCACCCCCACCACCUCCACCUGUACCUUCUCAGUCUUCAGAAGGGGUUGCUGGGGGUGAGCCAAAACCUAAGAGGCAAAGGAGGGAGAGGCGAAAACCUGCAGCACAGCCACGGAAGCGGAAGCCUAGACGGGCCGCUCCAAUUGUGGAGCCUCAAGAGCCAGAGAUCAAGCUUAAAUAUGCUACCCAGGCUGUGGAUAAAACUGACUCCAAGAAUAAAUCCUUUUUUCCUUACAUUCACGUGGUAAACAAGUGUGAACUAGGAGCUGUGUGCACAAUCAUUAAUGCGGAGGAAGAGGAGCAGAACAAACUGGUGAGGGGUCGGAAAGGACAGAGGUCUUCAACACCCCCUCCUAGCAAUGUGGAGAGCAAAGUGCUGCCCACCUCAACUUUCAUGCUGCAGGGCCCUGUAGUAACAGAGUCUUCAGUCUUGGGGCAUCUCGUUUGCUGCCUGUGUGGCAAAUGGGCCAGCUAUCGUAAUAUGGGUGACCUCUUUGGUCCUUUCUACCCCCAGGAUUACGCAGCCACCUUGCCCAAGAACCCACCUCCAAAGAGGGCCACAGAAAUGCAGAGCAAGGUCAAGGUACGGCACAAAAGUGCUUCUAAUGGUUCCAAGACAGAUACAGAGGAGGAGGAGGAACAGCAACAACAGAAGGAACAAAGAAGCCUAGCUGCUCAUCCCCGCUUUAAGAGGCGGCACCGCUCUGAGGACUGUAGUGGAGCCUCUCGGUCACUUUCAAGGGGAGCUUCUUGUAAAAAAGCAACCACUGAAGGUGGCAGUGGUGGUGAAAAGACUCCUUUGGACUCAAAGCCCUCUAUGCCCACUUCAGAAGGUGGCACUGAGCUGGAGUUACAAAUUCCUGAACUACCUCUUGACAGCAAUGAAUUUUGGGUCCAUGAGGGUUGUAUUCUCUGGGCCAAUGGGAUCUACCUGGUCUGUGGCAGGCUCUAUGGGCUGCAGGAAGCUGUGGAGAUUGCAAGAGAGAUGAAGAAAUAUUUUUGCAUCGGAAUUUCAUGCAUACUCACAGACUCCGUGUGAAGUACAGGAUGGUCUUCAUGGAUAAAGCACUUCGAGAAAAGUUAUUAAUGAACCUUCAUUGUUAAGGGUUGGAUCUCAGCCAGCUGCUUAGUGAUUAAAGUUUAAUUGCAUGAUGAUUAGUUUUCAUUAGUAAGUAAUUAGCAUUUAACAGCAGUCUUGUAUUGCUGAAGCUAUGGGUGAGCGUAAGUGGAUUGAGCCAUGUUGAGAAGGCAUGUAGCUGGAGUUGGGGGCACAGGGUUGCUUAGGGAAUAUGGGUUGUGAAUCUUGAUGUAGGAAUGAGUUGUUGAGGGAAACCAACUGCUGUGUAGAGCCAGGAAGGGAGAGGAACAGAAUUUGGAGCAGAAGAUCAAAGUGGUACAGCCUGGACCUAAGACACAGAGUCUGGCUGUGGAUGCUCCCUCACUGGGAGAACUUCUAAAAGAACAGUCUUCCUCAACAAGCCUGCUGAAGUUUCCAGUUGUGCUCUCAGUAACACUAGCUUCUCUUCCUACAGCCUCGUGGUUUGCCUUAGUCCAUUCUUCGCUCCAACUGAAGGCUUUUUCAAAAUCCCUUGUUAAAUUGUUGAAAUAGCCAUUUCUAGUGAAGCGGUUGUUCUUGAUUACUUUUUGCUGUAGUGUGGUAAGUUAGGGGAAGGAUGAGUGGAGGGUCCGGGUUCACUAUUUCAGAAGUGUCAAUGGAACAGUUAGGAACUACAGGGGUAACUUCAGCCUAGACUCUGUUACAGGUUCUAGGAGUCAUUCUUUUCUCCAGUGCCUUUCCUUCUCCCAGCACCACUGCUCUGAGUCUGAGCUAAUGGAGAGAGCUCAUCUGGCAGUAAACUGCCUCCACCACAUUUUUAUCAAUCUAUUUGUUAUUGUCUGGACCGACUUUCUUGACUCUUAGUGUCAGCAUUGAUACAGGGAAAAGCAUGAUAUGCCAUCCUGACUAACCUCAAGCAGGCAUUUCUCUGCAGUUAGAAGGAUUAAAAUAGCUCCAGUUUUUUUGAAAAGUUCAGUAGUGUUGAGACUAUGACUGUAUCUACUUUGGUUGUCUUCAGACUUCCUGAAUCAUUGGUAAGAGCAUGUUACAGCGUAGGACUUAGCAUACACUAGUGACUACCCAAGACUAGUACUGGAGUAGAAGAGCAUCGCUGGAGCUCUGUGUGUACCAGCUGUGCUGGUUUUUUCCCCCCUACCUAGGCUAGCAGUGUUAUAAAUAGAUUGCAUAUCUCUUCUGAGGGCUGCUUGCACAACUUCUCGUAGCUUAAAUACUUAAGUUUUACCUCAGUCAACUAGUUGUCCAUGUCCUAAGCUUUCUUUGUAUUUAAGCAAAAAAACAAAAAAAGGUUGGAGGUAAAAACUGAUUAUGUGGCCUUCACGUGGUAGUGACAUAUUUUUCCUAUUUCUUGCUUCUAUUUUUUUUUUUUGUGAUUCACAGUUAAAUCCCUUAAUUCAACACAUUUGUCAUUUCUAGUUUUUUCUGCCUUAGCAAAAUACCUGGCUCACUCUGAAAGUAAUGCAUCCUAUUUAUUUCCGUGGAAGCUACAGCAGGUACAAAGAGUGGGAUAACACUCUUGGGUAGAGCAAAAUCUCAGCUAUUUUUCAAUGUAGUCAGCACCAUUAGGAAUGCAUUUUUUGCUAGCAGUGAACAAGAACCUGUGUGCUGUGCUCAGAAAAAUCUACAUGGCCCUCCAGAACGUGGCUAUUGCUCUUGCCACUGCUGAAACACGCCACCCACCGCCUCGCUGUACUCACAUCUGCUGUUUGAUUUCCAUAACCGUUCAGCAAUCAUCGAUGAAUGUCAGUGAGUGCUGUUUUUUCCACAUGGAGGAAUUCACUGACACACCUUUGCUUCAUACACACUUCCAUGGCAGGCACCAUCCGGUCAGAAUGUCCCUCUGCUGCCCUGUGUCACACAGCAACAAAAUGGAUUAUUGGUGGGAAGGUUCAGCCUGUUCUGCUAUAUCACCACAAUCUGCCACUGACAUCAUGGGCCAACAUAAUAAAAUAAGCAUUACUUUCAGAAGUAGCCUUCAUACAGUUCUGUUGGUACUUUGCACUGAGCUGUUUUAACUGCAACUUCUCUUGCUCCUUUGACUCCUUCCUUACAUUAUUCUUACUUUCUAAGUUUAAGAAAAUCACUGAUGAUUACAGGAGAGUGUGGAGCUCAUAAAAGCUUUAUUAUGAAGGGAGAGAAAAAGUAUGUCCUGGCAUGAAUUUCUGAAAUAGAGACUUCCUCUAGAAGAUACUGCUGAUCUGUGUGAGACUCUAAAAAAAAGAGAGGGUAAGGCAAUUUCAGGUACUUCAGUUCAGUUUUGAGAGCUGUGGUUGUUUCAGAGCCCGUGCCUAUACUAUCACAGACUUGUCGAAAGUUGCACAGAGAACUGUUAAUUACUCAAUAAGAUGUGCUUUAAAAACACUCAUUUUGUGAUUAUCAAGACAGACUUGUAGAGUUCUUUGAGAAUUGAAACUGUAGUGUGUUUGAAAUAUUCAUAAUUAAAUUGCACAUUGGGGAGCUGGUACGAGCUUGUGUGUUUUAGUUGCGUACGUGAAAAGAGAGAAAGUUAAGUCACUCAAAAGUUUUUGUUCUAUCAUUGAGAUUCAUUUCCCUGAAAGAUGAUGAAGAUGUUAUUUGUUCAUCUGAUAUUAGUUUUCUAUUUUCUUGUAGAAAGUUAAAAUGCUGAAGGUGCAAGCUUGAAUGUACUGAUACUCUCCAUAUUUAUUAAAACUUGUUUUAUGGAGGAGGGUCUCCAGUCUCCAAGUUGAAUUUACCGCUGAGAUUUCAAGACUGGCACAAUGUGUAACCACUACUUUACAAUUGCUUUACAAGCAAUUUUUAGAUGUUAAUUUUAGGAAAUUGUUUACAUUAGAAUGAUUCCACUAGCUCCACUGUAGGUAUA